UAUUCCUUCUCUCUCUUAUCAACCUCUUCCUCUAUCAACAAUGGAAUUUUUGCAGGACGUCGGGAUCCGAGUUUUUCGAUCACACCCAGCAAUGAUUUCGUUACAAUAAAGCAUGGAGUACUAGAACUAUACCAUUUUUCUGCAAUUGGUCAUAUUGGCAUUUGAGCUUGAGGGGCGUCGACAAUGUCAACCAAGGGCGAACACCAUACGGUCCCCCUUUCGGUGCUCCUGAAGCGUGAAUCAGCAAGCGAGAAAAUUGAAAAACCAGAAAUUCACCAUGGUCAAGCAAGCCAGAGCAAAAAGGGAGAGGACUUCACGCUACUAAAAACGGAAUGCCAGAGGGUGGUGGGGGACGGGGUGUCGACAUAUUCUGUUUUCGCGCUAUUUGAUGGACACAAAGGAUCUGCUGCUGCUAUUUAUGCCAAGGAGAAUCUACUAAAUAAUAUUUUAAGUGUGAUUCCUUCGGAUCUUAACAGAGAUGAGUGGAUAGCAGCUUUGCCUAGGGCGUUAGUUGCGGGCUUUGUAAAAACUGAUAAAGAUUUUCAAGAGACAGCUCAAACAUCAGGAACAACUGUGACAUUUGUGAUUAUAGAAGGUUGGAUUGUCACAGUUGCAUCUGUUGGUGAUUCCCGAUGCAUACUUGAACCUUCUGAAGGUGGGCUUUAUUACCUAUCAGCGGAUCAUAGGCUAGACACCAAUGAAGAGGAGGUGGCACGUAUAACGAGCAGUGGAGGUGAGGUUGGUCGGCUCAAUACUGGUGGAGGUGCAGAGAUUGGUCCUUUGAGAUGUUGGCCUGGUGGCUUGUGUCUUUCCAGAUCUAUUGGUGAUAUGGAUGUUGGACAAUUCAUUGUUCCUGUACCUUACGUUAAGCAAGUGAAGCUGUCCACAUCUGGAGGCAGACUUAUUAUCUGCAGUGAUGGUGUUUGGGAUGCUCUAUCUGCAGAAACAGCCCUUGAUUGUUGUCGUGGGAUGCCACCAGAAGUUGCAGCACCGCAUAUAGUUAAAGAGGCGGUACAAGCAAAGGGGCUUAGAGAUGACACAACCUGCGUUGUUAUUGAUAUUCUGCCCCAAGAGAAACCACCUGCUCCUCCUUUGACACAAGUUAAAAGACCAAUGAAAGGAAUGUUUAAAUCCAUGUUUCGGAGAAAAUCUGCGGAAUCAUCUUCUUAUAAUGAGAAAGAUUAUAUGGAGCCUGAUGUGGUAAUGGAGAUGUACGAGGAAGGAUCUGCUAUGCUUUCAGAAAGGUUAGAUACGAAAUAUCCACUCUGCAACAUGUUCAAGUUGUUUACCUGUGCAGUCUGUCAAGUUGAGAUGAAGCCUGGGGAGGGUAUAUCAGUACACGAAGGGGCAUCCAACCUGGGGAAAUUGCGUCCCUGGGACGGUCCAUUCCUUUGCCGAAGUUGCCAAGACAAGAAAGAAGCCAUGGAAGGGAAGAGAAAAUUAGAUAGACGUGGCAGCGGGAGUGACUAACGAAUUCGCGUGUGUAUUUGCAUUUUGAGAGAGCUAAUGAUUCUUAGUGGGAGGAUUUAACUUCCGAACAGUGACUUCCCUCCAUUGUCAUGGAGCUUCUCGAGAUUUUGGAUCUGUUUGAAAUUACACGUCAAAAUUGAUAUGGAUUUGUCCUUUUCCCAGUGCUUCAGAGUCAGAACGCCAAUU